GGCUGCGGCUGCUGCUGCACCCCGCCAAGGAGGUGACGGAGAUGCCGCUCAAGAGCUAUUACAGGUUCGCCCUGCCCCAGCUUGCCUCCAGCUCCUCCCCCCCCGGCCCCCCCUCCGCCUCCUUCUCCCGGCUGCCCUCCCGUCGCGUGCUCACCCUCAACCUGGAUGUGCCCGAGGCGUGGCUGGUCAGUCCGGCGACGGCGGCAGCGGACCUGGACAACCUGAGGCUGGAGGAUGUGGCGGGGGAGGUUGUGUACGCGGAGUUCGAGCUGGACGCGCUCAUGCUGACGGGCUCGUGUGUGGAUGUCACGGCGUCGGGGCGCAUGACCCCCCCUCGCGGCCUGCAGCUGCACCUGGGCACCCCCGCCCGCCCGCACACAGUGGACACGCUGGUGAUGGCAAACCUGGCCUACUUCCAACUCAAGGCGGCUCCAGGUCGGUGGCUGCUGUCGCUGGCGCCUGGAAGGUCUCGUGAGCUGUACUCGCUGGUGUCCAGCACGGGAGCCAGCCUGGAGGCCCUGGC